AUGAGCCGUCUUGCUUCUUUCAAGGGACCCUCCACUCCUACAUCGUCUCCUGUACGAGCUGGGCAUCAGAGCGUACCUGCCUCGCCCUCCAGAUCCUCGGAGUCGACAUACCAUCGCAAAGUCCGCACGUUGUUGCAAGACAUGGCAUCAACAGCGGAUACCUGGGACGACAUUGUACUGAUAGAUGGCUUAAAGGCUGCGAGGGGCCUUGUGGAUACCCGGACAGAUCUAGAUAAUGAACUUGCAACGUUAUCAUCAAAAACGUUGCCUACGUACCAUGUUGUUGGUCCGAAAUUAUCUGUCAUGGAAAACCGCAUCUUGGAUCUGGACAAUGUACUGCUGAAACUCAAGAAGCAAUUCCAGAAGAUGAAUAACAUUGUAGACAGUCUAGAAGCCCUGCUUGCUGAGGCACACAAGACAAAAGGCUGGAAAUGGGCACAAGAGCCAUUAUGGGCAACUUGGUCCCUAGAAAAGUUUGCUUGUUCCCUUCCGGACAUACUCAUCCCAUACCACCGCUCUCUUGACAUGCAUAGCGACAUCGUCAACACACUACGUAGCCAUAGCGUGACUUUUGAAGCCUCUCGUGAGGCAAUAGCGAUGUGGGCAGCCCAGCCAUACCUCGAGGACGGUAGCUGGGAAGCACACUGGGAGGACCUGUGUACCGUGGAGAUAGACCGCUGGGACGGCCCCAAAUAA